AUCGCUUUCUUUUCCUCCCGUGUUCCUUCGCUUCCCCCACAACUUCUCCCCAAAUUCUCACCUUCCUCCUCCUCGGUCGUCGCCCUUCGUCUCCCAGGAAAUCGCCUGCCGCCGCCCGCCGACCAGGAGGACUCCCCCGCCGCCGCCGCCAUGAAUCCCGAAUAUGACUACCUCUUCAAGCUGCUGCUCAUCGGGGACUCAGGCGUUGGAAAGUCUUGCCUGCUGCUGAGGUUUGCGGAUGAUUCAUACCUGGAGAGCUAUAUCAGUACUAUUGGUGUUGAUUUUAAAAUCCGCACCGUUGAGCAAGAUGGAAAGACAAUAAAGCUGCAAAUUUGGGACACUGCUGGCCAAGAGCGAUUUAGGACCAUCACAAGCAGCUACUACCGUGGUGCCCAUGGCAUCAUUGUAGUCUAUGAUGUGACUGACCAGGAGAGCUUCAACAACGUCAAGCAGUGGCUGAAUGAAAUUGACAGGUAUGCCAGUGAAAAUGUGAACAAGCUUUUGGUUGGGAACAAAUGCGACCUGGCUGAGAGCAGGGUAGUUUCUUACGAGGCUGGCAAGGCCCUUGCUGAUGAGAUUGGAAUACCGUUCCUUGAGACUAGUGCCAAGGAUGCAACAAAUGUGGAGAAGGCAUUUAUGACCAUGGCAGCAGAGAUAAAGAACAGGAUGGCAAGUCAACCAGCUGCAAACGCUAGCAAGCCAGCGACCGUCCAAAUGCGAGGUCAACCUGUUGCUCAGCAGAACGGCUGCUGCUCUUCUUGAUCAGCAAUCAGGAUCACAGUAGUGCUCGCGCAGCAAAACUCAAUUGGUUGUUCUUCCCCUGUAUAUUAAGUCUACUACUAUCGUGUCGGAUGUUGGAAGAAGCUUUAUAUGUCUCCUAACUGCAACAGUGCAGCAGAUACUGCGGCCUGUUUUAGCUGACUGUUCAUAUUCCUAUGUUUAAGUGUGGUUGUUUGUGCUAAAACUUAAUUCGAUUAUUCUUCUCAUUUGCACAAACACCAUGCUCUAAGGAAAUGCUGGUGAUGUUGUUGUGGCGAUCAUUAAAUGAGUGAACUCAUACCUGCUCGCUGCUCCAA